AUGGACUGUUACAGCGCUGAGUCUGAAUUUAUUGAAUCACUGGACUUUUUGAGUCCGCCAGUGAAAAGGCUUCAUACUAGCAGAGAGUUUGGUAGUGUGUAUAACACUGAGGCGAACGACGUGCACUUGUUGCGAGGGCUUCGAAACAAGUUCGCUCGACGAACAUCCAGCUCCACAAAGAAUAUUAAACCUAUUAUUAAAACUAGCUCCGACUCCUCCACCUCACUGGUUCUUAAGAAAACUUCCGAGAGACAGAUACUAGAACAUUACUCAAUCGUAAGUUACACAAGCUUACAGCAUCCGGAAAACGAAACACCUUCGGUACUAAAGUCGGAAAGAAGUCCGAACCCUGUUGAGAAACCUCUAAUAAAAGUAACGGUUAUACCUAAAACGGAUCAGAUACAAACAGCAAAACUACUUCGGAGGCGGAGAUACGUGCCUAAGAAAAUUCAGAGCACCACAUCGAACCACGAGAACUCAGUACAAACCAAGAACGUGUACUUAAUAGUAGCAGGUCGAAGAAGAGAGAAAAUAUAUGAGAUCAAGACUACAGGUAGUGCGAAGUUCUCAUCCGACCACGACAGUUAUAUAAGAGAUGAUGACAUACCAAUUAAAGAACUAUCGAAUUUCAAACAUCUGAUCCAGUCCUUAAACAUGGAUCGAAAGAAGAAGAAAGAAAAAAAGGAAAAGAAAGCAUUGAUGGACAACAGUGAUGCUCCCCAGCAGACCUCUGUCGAGUGGAGGUACCCGAGCUGCCAAGACUGCUUGUGUGGCGAUGAAUCAAAUGAAUCACCGAAAAAAAGUCGAGUAAAGAUCUUUGGGCAGUUCGGUAUAUCUGAAGAUGAGAAAUAUGUGCUCAGAUACGGAGCUACUAUUAACGACAAACAAGUUUUAUCAGACGUCGCUCAGCUGACGAGGGACUUUUCCCCAAUUAUUGCCACAACUUCAUACGGAACCGCAGACGCACAAUCAACGAUGCAAAAAGACUCGUGCAUACAGGCUGACUACAACGUAUGCUAUGACAAACCUCCUAUCGUAGAAGAAGAACCCAGUUACAGCAAAGAAUCGCAUGGAACUCAAGUCAAUUUUAAUGUGCAAUGCAAUGUAGCUAUGACGAAAGCGAGGAGUUCAUCAUUUUCCGACAAAAAAGUCCAGUGCAGUUGUAGCUUUGGGCCCACAAAUAAAUCAGACCAAAACACUCUAAAAGACUGUCAUAGCCCCCUUGUCAUAAUAUCAGUUUAUCCAAAAUCGAGCCCAGAAGAUACUGUGCAGUCAGUUAAUAGCCCUGAUACUAUUAGAAGUUCUUCUCCGACGAGAAUGGCGACGUACACGAGUAAUCAACUAACAAAGACAGAGAAAAAUCCAAAAAGAGGUGCUCUUGAAUCAAAAAAAAGAAGUCCUGCAGCUAGUCGAUCACCGUCGCCUGCAAAAAAGGUUCUAGAGGAAUCAGUAAGAACACAAGUCAGUGAAAAAAAAAGUCCUGAUAGGCAAAGAGCACUCAGAGCAAUAAAAGAAAAGAUACAAGAAAAGGAUAAAUUAUUAAAACAUGACCCUAGUCCGCGAAAGCCUCCAUCAAAGUUCAAUACAGCCAACUCAACUCAGGUUGCUAAAAACCUUCAGAAUAUAACUAUAUCAAAUGCAACACAAGUCUCUAAAAAAAACCCAUUGCACGCUUUGUCUAAUGCAACGCAAGUUUCGAAUAAAAAUAAUCAAGUAUACCAGGCGUCUAACGGAACACAAGUCUCUGUGAGGAAGCGGCAAACUUACACCGUGUCCAAUGCAACUCAGUAUUCGGAUGGGCCGCAGAGUAUGGCGUCUAACGGUACGCAGUUCGUAGAUAAUAAUAUCACAGACAGUAUACCGGAAAUAGCUCCAGUGAAACAUUCCAGGAACGUUGUUGCCACUCCAUCUUUAAAAUACCCUAAAAAGCCUUCACCAAUAAGGUUUCCUCGAACUACCCAGGUGUCUAAUGCUACACAGGUACCUAAAAGUCCACAAUUCUUUGCAAGUAACGGUACACAAGUAUCAGAAAGGGAACCCUACACAGGAUCCAAAUCUAACGGGACGCAAAUAUCAAAAAAACAACAAUAUCCUUUUUCAUCGCGUGCCAGAAAUCAGGAAACUUAUACUGUACCUAAUGCAUCCCAGGUUUACGAAGACGACGAAUACUCGAGAAUUACUACGAACAGAAUAAAUGAAAUGGGAACUAAUACAGAGCACGUUCGGAAAAAAAGAACAUUAAUCGAGACGUAUACAAAGCAAUUAACUGAUCAAAUGAGCCAGAAGGAUUCCAUUCCUGCCAGGUUUGAUAAUUCUAAAGUUACAAUAAAUAUAGACGGCGAUGGAGAAUACUACGAUGUCUUGUUCAAUCAAGAUAAACGGUCGACUGACGUGACAAUCCGAAAGACACUAAAAGAUAUGGGUUCACAAAAAUAUGAUGAGGAACAGGAUUGUUCACUUUCGUUAGAGAAUUUUAUGUAUGUGCCCGAGAUCAUUGUCGAAAAGGAAGAGAGCAAAGGGCAAAAUGAUUCGCAAUCGAAGUCGUUGUCGAUUUAUAAUAAUCCCUCAGACGAUGAGUUUCCGUUAGACACUCAAGUUUCAAGACUUACAAUACGAGAUAGUCUUGAGAUUUCUCACAGGCGUGAAGAUAGAGGUAUCCACAAUAACUUAAAGAACACUCAAACUUGUUUCACGGCUCAGAUCGCCACCACUCUUCCAGAUGCAACGGAAUUCUUAGCUCCAAUCAAACACUUUAUUGGCGACGACUGUUCCAUCACUGACCCCGUGGAGAGAGAUAAACAGAUCAGGCAACUUCUUGGUGUGGAUAAAUUAAAACAAAGUUUCACAGGAUCUCAGCAGGCUCGUUAUUCUGACAACAGCAGUCGCAUUCCCUAUCAGUGUAUCUACCGAAAAGAAUGCAAAAAUAGUGAACUCACAGAAAUUAAUUUUGAGUUUCAAAAAGUGCUACCCUGUUUCAAGUCACGUCACACAAAAAAUAGAGCAUCUGUUUCUGUUCAAUGCCGUCAACCAAGCGUUCCUAAAAAACCAUCCAAAAGUUACUAUUCAGUCGUAGAUACUUGCGAGAAAUGUUGUGAGAGCCCUCGCCAUAUACCACUUUCAGUGCCCUGCGAUGACAGAGUUAGUGGUAUCAGCUUAAGGACAGUACGACGUCCGAAGGAAGAUAGAUCCUGUAAAAGUUUCGGUAGAGAUAAAUCUGCUAUCUAUCAGCAAUUGAUAUUAAACAGAAAUAUUCAAGUUUUCCUUCAAGUUGAUCAAUUUUCUAAACAAAAACCUAUAAUACUUUCACGAAAACAAUAUGAUAAAGUUAAGAAAACUAUUCAAAAAACAAUAAGUGUAAAGAAAAGUAGUCAUGACAAACGAAAAUGUAUACCUGUCAAACGCGAGAAAAAGGAGACCUGUCUUGAACGCGCGUCCAGUGAGAUUUCUCUGAAAGUCAAAGCUAAAAAUAGUAAACGCCAUAAACCGUUCACCAAACGCACUCAGUGCACCGGGUUCGGCAAACGCAGAUCGCGACACGACAGCUCAGAGAUGUAUAGCAGACGCGAGGACCCCGUGUGUUGUAAACACGAGAAACCUGAAGUUUAUGACAGAUACGAGAGACCCGAAUGUGAUCGAUACGACAGACCCGAGAUGUAUGGCAGACGAGAGAGACCUAUGCCGUAUGGUAAGCUCGAGUCACCUGAGGUGUAUGGUAGAUAUGAGAAAUUUGGGGAUCCGGACAAAUAUGGUAUUCGCGACAGACCUGCGGUAGUUGAUAGACACGAUAAACCUGAAGACCGUGACGAAAAAGAAAUAUCGCGUAAACCGGAGAAGCCUUCUGGUAAGCGCAGAGAGUCUAGUAAACGUGAAAAGUCUGAUAAACAACCUGAUAAGCCUGAAGUGUCACGCAAACGCGAGGGAUCUGUGUCAUCUAAAAAAUCCAACAGACUUGAGGAAUCUGAGUCACACGAGAAACACGAGGCGUCUCGUAAACGCCACAAAUCUCCGACAUCUGCUAAACGCGAAAAAUCUCCAAAGUCUAGUAAAACCAAGAAAUCUGAGUCAUCUGGUAAACGAGGGAAGUCUGGUAAACGUGGGAAAUCUGGGUCACCUGAUAAAGCUGAGAAAUCUGACUCAUCUGACAAAAAUGAGGGACCUGACGACCUAGACGAAGACGAUGAACGCAAAGGGCCAGUCAAACGCCAGAAAAGUGAUGUGUCUAUUGGUGAAGUAAGAACAAAAAAGCCGAAAGAAAAAGCCGUAAAAAAGUCCCAACACAAAGGAUCAAAACAUGAAAAAUAUGCACAAGUUGAGGUCAAGUGUUCUCUAGACAAUUGUAAAAAAUAUACAGACGAAAGACUAUGGGGCCAUCUUCCGAAAUCCAAGCAAUCGAAAAAGGAUAAGAAAAAAGCUGAUUCAUGUGAUAAAAAAAAGAAGCCGAAAAAAUCAGGCAACAUUGAAGUUUAUAAAAUAGAUAAUUAUGAUGAGAAUUCUCGCUUUGCUGCUGGUGAUGAUGAAAGCAGAUAUAAUAAAAAACAUGACAACAACAACAAGGGGGUAUGGACUGUCGAACACACUUCUACACCAAUAAUACAACAACGGCACGCAGAAUGUUUCACAAACAUGGACAUUGGAACAGGCAGAGACGAGGUGAAUAGUAGCACUUCAGAACAAGUAGAAGACCCCGAUCGUCUAAGUGAGCAAAGAUCACCUAGUGUAUAUGCACGUAGUAAUGACUUCCAAGAACAGAGCCUGGGCGAUUGUGCAUAUAACGAUUCUAUGGAUAUUGAACACCAGGAGACUGAAAUGAAGACGUUUGUUUUGUUUAAUGCAGAAAAUACAAAUGAUGAUAUUAAAGAUGGCGACUACGAUACACGCACUAGAAAAACUGUGUCUUCAGUAGAAAUUCGUUACGCAAGCAUUGCAUAUAUGAAGCAAGUAGCGUAUUCAUCGACAGAUGUCGGAGCAUUGUCCAAUUCAAGUAUAGCUCACGUCAAAUCAUUUCAUACCAUAUUUAGAGGGCACAGGAAAUCAGCUACACCCAACCUAGGAACGUCAGCCUACUCUUUAUAUUCAGAGGAAGGCUACAACUCAGAAAAUAAGUCUGUUAAGUAUAUAAUUGAGCCGCGGGAUUCAAAGCCAAAGCGACCGUUUUUAAGAAGAUUAAUGUCGUGCCUAGUCAUGCGAUCGGCCAGGGAUUCAGAGCUGAAGUUACCCACGGGGCCUGUACUCGAAGAUCCGCCCAGCGUCAACAGUUCUAUUGAUUCCUAUCACAUCAGCACUUCGCUAGGAGCUGUGGAAAUAAGUUCGUCGAUCUACGACACAUCAGCAUCGUUCUACAGCAACCACACAAUCCUUCCAGUGAACAGUAAAAUAAAAAGAGGUUUCUUCAGUUCAGUGAGAGGGUUUCUAACAAACCGUAAGAGUUGA